AUGCUCCGCGUGCCGCUGUCGUGGUAUCGCAGCUCGACUCACGCCUUCUUCCCCGACGAAAAGUACUCGACGAUCCGUCGCGUCUUUGAAGGAUCGCCCAACCACCCGUCGAAGCGGCACUUCUGCGGGUUCUGCGGCACGCCUCUGUCCUACUGGACCGAACGGCCCCAGACCGAGGCCGACUACAUCCAUCUGACGCUGGCCAGCCUCCGAGGCGAGGAUUUGAGAGACCUGGAAGACCUAGGCCUGAUCCCCGAGUUCGAAGAGGCGGAACAGCAGCCCGCAGUCCCGACAACAACCACGGUAAUUGGAAGGGAAAUCCACGGCGUCCCGUGGUUUGAGAGUUUGAUCGACGGGACCCAUCUGGGUAGCAUGCGUCGCAGCCAAGUCGCUGAUCACGGCAACGACGGGAAGAUCAGGGUCGAGUGGGAGAUUGUGGAGUGGACCGACUCGGACGAUGCCAACAACGUGGCCCCAACGGCCGAAGACGUUGACAUGACGAUUAGCCUUCCUGGAAAACGCAAGAUGGGAGACCGAGAUGAUGCGGUUGGCGACGCCAUGCAGUAA